AUGGGUUCAAGUGAUGAAUUCCAGAUUUUUGAUGUUCUGAUCAUUGGUGGUGGAAUUUCCGGCCUUGCCGCCGCUCUUACAUUGGCUCGACAGCAGCAUACAGCGGUGGUGCUAGACUCCGAGGUCUAUCGAAAUGCACCGAGCCCUCACAUGCACAACGUCCUGACGUGGGAUCGCGAGUCUCCCCAGAAGUUCCGAGCUGCAGCCAAGAAGAACAUUCUAGAUUACUAUGCCACCAUCCGUUUCGAAAAGGCCGACAUCGACAUGAUCGAGGAAGUCAAAAGUGUUCCGCAGCAGCAGUUCACUGCUACCGGCAGCGAUGGCACAGUUUGGCGUGGGAGGAAGGUCAUCCUCGCAAACGGCGUGCGCGAUGUCUUCCCUGAGAUUGAAGGAUAUGCGGAGUGCUUUGCCAAAGCCAUCUUCCACUGCUUCUUCUGCAAGGGAUACGAGGCUCGAGGUGCCGAAAACGCCGGGAUUCUUGCUGUACCAGAUAUUGCAUCCGCCCCUGCGGCCCUACAUUUUGCGCGAACGGCCCUGAAGUUCGCGAAAUCCAUCACAAUAUACACGCACGGUUCAGAAGAGCUGGAAAAGGCAAUUGCUAACAUACAGGGAGACAAUCAACUGUUCAAAAUCGACAAUCGGCGCAUCGUGCGAUUCGAAAAAGGUUCCGACCUUGCCAAUGUUAUCAUCCACUUCGAAAGCGGUGAAACGGUCACGGAGGGUUUUCUGGGGCACAGACCGAAGACGGAGCCCAAAGGGGACUUCCAUAAACAGCUUGGACUUGAUAUGUCGCCGAUGGGCGAUCCAGUCGCGAAACCCAUGUUCUGCGAGACGACAAGGAAGGGGGUAUUUGUUGGCGGGGAUGGCGCAUCACCAAUCAAAAUCAUCCCUCAGGCGCUUUUCUCCGGGUCCGCGGCGGCGGCAGCAGUCUGCGCACAGAUUCAGGCCGAAGAUGCUGGACAGCCUUGCAUUUUCUAA